UUUGAUCAACGGUGUGAUCAGUCUCAGACAGCCUCGAACCAUGGUGCGGGUACUUGGUGCUGUGGCUACAACUCUUGUGAUUUUGCUCAUCUUGUGUUACAACGUGAACAGUAUCGCCAUCUCUCCGUGCAAUGACAAUGGCGUCACAAGGAGGAGAGAACUUGACCGGUGUUAUUCUUCAUGUAGCUACCUGUAUUCUAACACGACGGGAGUCGAUUGGUUUCUCAUUUCACGAGCCGGACAGUCAGUCCUUCUUGCCACGACCUUUCCCUGGAGACGUCGAUCAUAUCAUCCGGCGAUCAGCAGCGAAUCUCGAGGGCCAACCUACAUCGGUAUUACCUUUAACGCUACGAGGGAAAUGGCGGGAACACUGGUGUGUUCAGUAGUCUUCGGUAACGGCACCACGUUGUCCGAUAACUGCACCCAGGACGUUGUUUAUCCAUUUGAAGUUGAAGAUUUCAAUGUGACAAUGAAUCUACAAAACUGGAGUCUGACUGCGGUAUUCUCCACACAAAAAGUCUUCUCCGCCUUGGGUUCCUACUACGUGGACAUUAAAGAAUACACUGUAGGGGUAAAUGGGUCCUCUACUAUUUUUUCUCGACUUCCCCCUGUUGUAUCUAAAACGUCUUUAAAACCAUACACCGACAAGCUGCUGUACUACAGGGGAACUUUGACAGUCACGUGGUCUCUUCCGGACAGGGGUGGUAACUAUUACUACCUUGGUGACAUCGUUCCAAAUGGACCAACAGAUUUAAGAAUUCAUCCAAAAAUAAGAGGUUAUUUUGUGAUAUCCGAGCCAUCUCCACCGACCACGAACUGUCCCUUGACCUAUGUACCGGAAGGGGGUCCCAUCACCUGCAUGUGCAGCGCUAAGUCGUUAGGAACUCCACCUGGCAGACUGCAGUGGCUUGUUGGGGAUGACGUCAUAUCAUCUGGUGGAUAUGGCGUCACGCAGCUACAGUUUCCCACGAACCGCGUGAACCGCUCGCAUGAUGGCGUAGAAGUCACGUGUCAACUGGACUGGGUGGUCAAGCAGCACGUGACUGUGGCGAGCAGUGUAGCGUAUGGUCCAAGAGAUGUAAGCAUCCAGGUCAUAUCCGCCAACUGUGGGGUCACGGCGACCUGCACUGUGGAUGAGGUCAAACCAUUCACACCGGACAUGAUACAGUGGGGCGGUCUGUGUCGAGGUCAGCAAGGUGCAGUGUGCGUGUUCACCUCCCGUGGCGCGGUGGAUGAUGGGGAGGAGGUCACGUGCACAGUCAUUAACAACGCUAACAACGGACACAGUGUCACCAGUAGUGUCGUCGUCACGCUCACAGACUGUGUGUCUACUAGCAGCAUCCCUGUGAAGGACACCAUGGCGACUAGUGUAGGUGCGAGUGUGGGGGCAGCCCUCGGUGUAUCGGUGUUGAUGGUGUGUCUGGUGCUGGUCAUCAUGUGGAUUCACAGACGUCAUUCUGCAGAGUCGGUUGACAGUCGGAAAGAGUGUCAAGAGAACCACUACUCCUGUCUGUACGAAGUAUCGGGAAGGGAGACAAAUCAGAGUAACACGGCACACAACACGGUGAACCCUGGGUGUGAACCUAAUUUGUAUGAAAACGUUUAGGGUCCAGGCGCUAAUGUAUGAAAUGUUGGAAAAUCUGCUCAUCAAUCUAGCGAUAUAUAUAUAUAGGAUAGCUUAGACUCCUCUCUAUAAACCAUAACUUUAUAUAUCUAUGUACGCACACCCCUUUUAUAGACAUCAAGUAUGUGUGUGUAUAAAUUUAUAGGGAGGAAGUGCUUCGAUAAACUGAAGAGACCUUAGAGAUGAUUGUAAUUUUAAAAAAAUUCUUUCAACUCUUUUGCAUUUGAAUUUCUUGUCCCUUUCAUUAUUUUAUUGUUUUGUAAAACUUUUAUGCAUAAGUAUUAAAAUUAAAUCGGUAAAAUGUUCUUGAUUAUUAAUUAUAUCAAUAUUGAAAUACAGUGAAGCAAAGAAUUUUCCUUUUGUGACAAGCAUUACUUAUUACUUACAGUCUGCAUUGUGGCGUAUCAUGUAACUUUUCCUCAGAUAGAGUAGGUAUCCUCUCAAACUAUAAUGUUGUCAUACUUUAAUCUGCAAUUUGUACAUCGCUAAUUGCUCGGCCAGGGGGAUAGGAGUGGUUAGAGCGCUCUAUUUAUACUAUAUUAACACUUUUAAAUGACUAUUUCGUAAAUAUGACUAAAUUUCGGCUCAUUCAAUAGAAAAAAUGAUCAUCGACAUUACUGUGUACCUUGGUGUUACAGUUCACCUACAUGUAUCAAACAUUAAUCCUUUUAUGGAUUUCCAAAGCAAAAGCAAAAUGAAAAAGCUCCGGCUAUUAAAACUUCAUUUGGGCUUAGGAGUUUGUGCACAUGCAGACAUGUCUGG